AUGGAAGUAGUCGAGUUUGUGCUAUUGGGGUUUGUGGUUUUUUCUGCAAUUGUGGUUUCGAUUAUCCACUGGGUUGAAGUACUUGAUGAGAAGGUGAGAAAAUUUGGUAAUGAACAAAAUCGUACAAAAGAGGUGGAAAUUCAUGGUUCUGUAAGCAAUACAAGAGCUGAGUCGGUUGUUACAGAAUUAUUGCGAGACCAACAGAAUAGAAGUGUCGGUGGCGGUGGCGGUGGUGAUUGUGAGGUUGAAACCCCUAAGGUUUCUGGGGGGGAAGAAUCCCUACAAAUCGAAGAACCAGUACAGAAAGUUACAAAUUGUUCCAACAAAUUGGGGGUCUCGGAGAUUACUACUGAAGACAGUAAGAUGAAAGGGAAUGAGAUUCAUAUUUUGAGGAAUAAUAAUGAAGAGGAAGAGGGAUUCCUUGAUGAUUGGGAGGGGGUAGAGAGAACAGAAUUGGAGAAGAGAUUUGGUGAUGCUGUGGUUUUUGUUGGUUCUAAGAAUAAUGCCGAUCGAGUUGAUCAUGAUCUGAAGAUGCAAUUAUAUGGUCUUCAUAAGGUUGCUCUUGAAGGACCUUGUCGUGCACCACAGCCAAUGUCAUUGAAGGUUUCUGCUCGCGCAAAGUGGAAUGCUUGGCAGAGUUUAGGGAACAUGAACCGGGAGUUGGCAAUGGAACAGUACGUUAUGCUUCUUUCAAGGUCAAUUCCUGGUUGGAAGGGUGAAGGAACAGCUGCUUCUCAAGAUGCAGAACUUCUGAUGAUCUAG